GAGAUUAAAUUCCCCAUAGCAAUCACAUCGUCUGUCGAUUUCGCGUUUUUCUCCAGAAACUCUCUCGAGAGAUCCACGCAAAGCUAUCAUCCUUCUUUUACCUGAUCGAUGGCACGCACGAAGCAGACUGCUAGGAAGUCGACCGGUGGGAAGGCACCGAGGAAGCAGCUGGCGACGAAGGCCGCCAGGAAGUCGGCGCCGGCCACCGGAGGAGUGAAGAAGCCGCACAGGUUCAGGCCGGGGACGGUGGCCCUCAGGGAGAUCAGGAAGUACCAGAAGAGCACGGAGCUGCUGAUCCGGAAGCUCCCCUUCCAGAGGCUUGUGAGGGAGAUCGCUCAGGACUUCAAGACGGACCUGAGGUUCCAGAGCAGCGCCGUGGCUGCCCUCCAGGAGGCUGCGGAGGCCUACCUGGUAGGUCUCUUUGAGGACACGAAUCUGUGUGCCAUCCAUGCCAAGAGGGUCACCAUCAUGCCCAAGGAUAUUCAGCUUGCCAGGAGGAUUAGAGGCGAGAGAGCUUAGAAACAAAAUCCAACCCCAACUGCUGCUGAUGAUUGUCUUGAUUAGGGUUUCUAGCUGUCUAGUUGGUAGAUCUCUGAUGUGUGCUGUGGGUUGGAUUGUGCACCUUCGUGAGGAUCAGUAAUGGAUGCUUGUGUAAAUCUGUCCGUAGUUUACUUUGAUUUUCAGGUCAUUCCACUUUGAAGGAUGAUGUAAUCCGGACAUCUGAAAAUUGAAUGCAAAUUUCUAAUUUGAAUUCUA